AUGGCAUUCUGUCGUACCACUGUCAUCGAUCGACUUCUUAAUUAUGGCGAUUAUCCACCGAAUUCGUCAACUUUAACAAGCAGGCUUUGGAAUGAUAUCGAAUCUUUCGAAAGGGAUAAUCUUGCUGAAGUGUAUCGCAAGCUCGCAAAUAUUGAAGAGGAAAUUUGGGGUAAAAUAAUUAUAAUGGAACGUAAUAGCCGAAUUGUAAAGGCUUAUCUUCGAUCGAGAAUCAUUACUAUCGAUGGAAGCGAUUGGGAUUUUGAUGGAUCUCGGUACAUUGUGCAAAAUUUCAUUGGUUUUCCUUUACUAUUAUUAUGCCAAAUACCACAAUACCUGACACACUCACUUGCAGUUGCAGUCACUCACUUAUCAUCAGGCAGUCCUGGUUCCCCAACAUUUCGCAAAGACCUUUUUAAUCAGAGCAAUGUCUGA